GUGGGGCCUCCGCGCAUGGAGGAGGAGGAGACGUACCUGGAGCUCUACCUGGGCCAGUGCGCCGUCCAGGAUGACCUUGCCCUACCCAGGUCUACCCUGUUCAGCCCAGGUGUACCUUACGAUGUGUACAUACCUAAUCCAUCCAAUCCAGAGACUGCAUUUAAUUCACACCUUGAAGAAGUGAAAGAAACAUCUGGCGAUUUCUCAUCUGUGGAUCUUAGCUUCCUACCAGAUGAACUUACCCAAGAAAAUAAAGACCAAACUGUCAUUAGAAGCAAGCAUGAAAUUGAAAAUUGUAAAACUCAGAGUCAAGAUAGUAGGUUGCCAUUAUCCAGCGAAGAGGACGUCAGGCUGGGCGUAAACAGCAGCAGUUUGUCACAUUCCCAGUCACACUUGUACCCUGGUGAUGCUGACUCAGUCCAGCCCUCUCCUGAGAAACCAAAUUCCAACCUCUUGCCUCUGGGGUCCAUAGCUCCCAUGACACCAAUGACCCCAGUUUCAGAAUGUUCUAAAAUUGUGCCUCAACUACAGAAUAUAGUUUCCACUGUAAACCUGGCAUGUAAAUUGGAUCUGAAGAAAAUAGCUUUGCAUGCAAAAAAUGCAGAAUAUAACCCAAAGAGGUUUGCUGCUGUCAUAAUGAGGAUCCGAGAGCCCAGGACAACAGCCCUCAUAUUUAGCUCUGGCAAAAUGGUCUGCACAGGAGCCAAAAGUGAAGAGCAAUCUCGACUUGCAGCAAGAAAGUAUGCUCGUGUGGUGCAGAAGCUCGGGUUCCCUGCCAGAUUCCUCGAUUUUAAAAUUCAGAACAUGGUUGGAAGCUGUGAUGUGAGAUUUUCCAUCAGGCUGGAAGGUUUGGUGCUAACCCAUCAACAGUUCAGUAGUUAUGAACCUGAACUGUUUCCUGGCCUUAUUUAUAGAAUGGUAAAACCACGAAUUGUGUUGCUUAUCUUUGUAUCUGGAAAAGUUGUGCUGACAGGUGCCAAAGAACGUUCUGAGAUCUAUGAAGCAUUUGAAAACAUCUAUCCUAUUCUAAAGGGUUUUAAAAAAGCCUGA